CCUCCAUCAGCGACUCUUUGUGUGCUCCGCCGCCGCCGUUGCUAUGCGGGAUUACGACGAUAUAAUCGCCUUCCUGGGCGAAUGGGGGCCCUUCCAGCGCCUCAUCUUCUUCCUACUCAGCGCCAGCAUCAUCCCCAACGGCUUCAACGGCAUGUCCGCCGUCUUCUUGGCCGGCACCCCCGAGCACCAUUGCCUGGUGCCCGGCGACGCCAACCUGAGCGCCGAAUGGCUCAACGCCAGCAUCCCCCUGGAGGUGCGCGACGGGCGGCAGGUGCCCAGCCGCUGCCGCCGCUACCGCCUCGAGGCCCUGCGCAACUUCUCCGCCGCGAACCUGGAGCCCGGCCGGGACGUCAACCUCAGCCAGGUGGAGCAGGAGAAGUGCCUGGACGGCUGGGAGUACAGCCGAGACCCCUACACCUCCACCAUCGUCAGCGAGUGGAAUCUGGUAUGUGAUGAUGACUGGAAAACCCCCUUAACUACAUCUCUGUUCUUUGUGGGUGUGCUGCUUGGAUCCUUUAUAUCAGGACAGCUCUCGGACAGGUUUGGCAGAAAGGCUAUUCUAUUUGCAACCAUGGGUGUACAGACAGGUUUCAGCUUCCUGCAGAUCUUCUCAACCAGCUGGGAAAUGUUCACUGUACUGUUUGUUAUAGUUGGCAUGGGGCAGAUUUCGAACUAUGUUGUGGCCUUCAUAUUAGGCACAGAAAUUCUUGGCAAAUCAGUUCGUAUUAUAUUCUCUACAUUAGGAGUUUGCAUAUUUUUUGCAAUUGGCUACAUGUUGCUGCCACUAUUUGCUUACUUCAUCAGAGACUGGCGGAUGCUGCUACUGGCUCUUACUGUACCUGGGGUGUGCUGCGUUCCACUGUGGUGGCUUAUCCCUGAGUCUCCCCGGUGGUUGAUCUCUCAAGCAAGAUUUGAGGAAGCUGAAAUAAUUAUUCGGAAGGCAGCAAAAAUGAAUGGGAUUCCAGCCCCAGCAUUACUUUUAGAUCCUAGGGAGGUAGAAGAUUUCAAGGCCAAGCAGCAGCAGGGCAUGCUUCUGGACUUGUUCAGAACCCGAAACAUUGCAAUUAUCACUGUCAUGUUUCUUCUUUUGUGGAUGUUUACAUCUAUUGGCUACUUUGGUCUGUCACUCAACACCCCCAACUUGCACGGAGAUGCCUACCUCAAUUGUUUCCUGUCAGCAGUAAUUGAAGUUCCAGCCUAUGUGAUUGCUUGGCUUCUCCUCCGAACCAUACCUCGACGUUAUUCAAUAUCUGGCACACUCUUCUUGGGAGGAGGGAUUAUUCUGUUCAUUCAGCUGGUACCUCCAAACCUCCACAUCCUGUCUGUUAUCUUGGUGAUGUUGGGGAAAUUUGGGAUUACAUCUGCCUUCUCCAUGCUUUAUGUCUACACCGCAGAGAUCUACCCAACCAUAAUAAGAAACAUGGCAGUGGGUGCCACCUCUACGUCAUCUCGGGUGGGCAGCGUCAUUGCUCCUUACUUUGUUUACCUUGGUGCCUAUGAUAGAUUUCUGCCUUAUAUCCUCAUGGGCAGCCUCACUGUGCUAGUAGGCAUUCUCACCCUCUUCCUCCCAGAAAGUUUCGGAAACCCUCUGCCAGAAACAUUCGAAGAGAUGCUACAAGUUAAAGGAUUCAGAAACAGAAAACACAGCUACAAAAUAGGGAAUUCAAAGCAGAAUGAACUGAACACCAAGAAUAUGAGAACAUCAUUUUGAUUAUAUAUCGGUGACUUUUGAUAUAAUAGACUACCAGGACUUGUUAAAAUGUAAUCCUUCAUAUAAAUUAAAAGUUAUUAACACUAUGAGGGAGGGGAUUGUCCUAAUGAUCCUACAAUUCACAACAGUGGUUUACCAAAUGUGUGGGGGGUUUGUUAAGUUACUGUCAGCAUAUGUAAGGCUCCUACAUCAAUAGUUAUUUUUGUGCCUUGGUUUUUGGGCUUGUUUGGUGUGUUGUUGUUUUUGUAAAGUCUUGAGCACUUUCAUCUCCUCCUUGAAAUUUAGGUAUUAUGUUUUGUUUGUUUGUUUUUUUAAAAAAGGCCAUCAGCGAUUGUUGAAAGAAGUGAAGUACUGACUAUAUAGAGUCUCAAGGGUUGUAGUUAAUGACACACUACGUUCCUUUCAGCCCCACAUGUCACAUUUAAAAGUUCCUAAGAAGAACUGGACGUAUUAAGAAUCCACUCAUCUCUUGUGUUGUGUUGUGCUGUUUUUGUUAGGAAAUGAAUGUUUUGAAAUGAAUGAGGCAUUUUACCAGCAAAGUACUUAUAGAAAUGGGAUUCAUUAAUGUAGGCUCAUUUUGAAAAUCUCUAAAGGGAAUAAAAUGUUUGACCCUAAUAAAAUGGAGGUAUAAACUUUAAAAGACAUUUUUUAAAUCAAAGCAUCUUCUUUGGACUCUACUUAGUUGUCAGGAGUAAACUUUGACAAUAUUUUCCUCCAUCCAUCACACUAGAUGACAGCACCCAAAUCCCACACCCUUAAAACCAGGUGACAGUAAACUAGUUGUACUAUUUCUUUAGGAAACUUGCCAGACUGUAAAGAGAGACCAAUGUCUACAAGUUAUUCUUUAACCGUCUUUCUCUUUCCUCCUGCCUCCCCCCAGCACAGCUCCUCUCCUUGCCCACCCCACAUUCCCCAUAUUCUUACGUUUUACUUACUUGUAGGAUAUACACCAAAGCUGUUCACUGAGUAGUCCAAACCAACAGCUUUAGAGAGAUGAUAAUUUCCUGGGACCAGGACUAACGUGAAUCAUAUCCUACAUUCUUCUUUUGCUUGUGCCAACCUGCACAAGAAUUCUGAAGCUGGAACUUCCUUGUUUUUUUGUUAUUCCAUGUACUGUAAAAUUCUAUUUUUAGGGCAAAGUAUAACAAUUAUUUGGAAGGGUGUUUUAGGCAACUCAAGGGAAGGGUGUGUUGCCUAAAACACUUUUUAUAAUUAUUUUAUAAACACUUUUUUAUAAUUAUUUCCUCAUGAGCAUUUGAACAAAUUCUUUGCUGAGAAAAAUGUAUUAAUAAGAUAGUGAUUUAGAAGGCAGGUAUUGUACUGGCAUGUGCCCAGUAAAGCUCAGAUAACAUUUUUUUACCCACUUAACCAUGAAAUUCCUUCCUUUGCCAAUACAAGGCAUGUACAUUGCAUAAUGCGCUGGCUUCAUAACUCAGCGUGAGAGUUGAUUGACAGUUUUAAGCGAUUCAUAUAUUAGUAUUAGGAGAGACUGUGGCGUCCUGCUGCUUCCCUGCUGUAAAUGCUCCUGUGCCAUUGCUGGUAACGUAUAAAUCAGAUUUUAGUUUAAAAAAAUUAAUAAAUCUACAAAAUGCAGCACAGCUAAACUAACAGAUGAUCAAGGACUAAGAUGGAAGAACCUUAUCUAUUCCUAAAGCUGUCAGUAUGCCACACAGUACAUCCUGGUUAUGUUUUUAAUAUAAUUAAUCCAGAAUAACCUGUUUCUUGACCUCAGACCUUAUCUGCAGUAGUGUGAAAGUUUGAAAUAUGGCAAGGAGAACGUUGAGUAAAUUGAGAACGUUGAGCCUUUUACUCACCCACCUCUGUACAAUACUAUAAGGGCCUGAUACCCCACGUUCUACAUGGAGGACCAGUGUCUUCAUUGCAACAGCAAAGUGUGCAUGGUGGUGACAGGGAGACACACUGUGCACAGAGUUCUUAAAUGGGAUCACCCUUCCUGAUCUGAAGACAACAAAUCCAGGUCUAAUAGCAAGCAGCCUAACAAACUGUUCUUGUGAGAGAAAACUGUUAAGAUUGCACCAUUCCAGAAUUGGCUAAUUUUUCCAAAAAUAAUUCAUUUGCCAUUGAAUCCUAACCACGAAGCCAUUAUAACACUGAAAGGAGGCUCUGUUAUACCCAGUCUGCUAUUUACCAUUUAACUGAUUAUUUUAAUAUUUGUUAAGUUUUUUAAAUUGUUUUGCCAUAACAAAUCUCAAUAGCCUAAUAUGUAGCAUGACUCUUUUAAGUGUCUCAGUUGCUUGUUAAGGUUGCCGGUUUCUGAGCCAGAGGCUAUAGUUACUGCUUGUUCAGUCAACAUUUUAAAAUCGUUUUUCCCAAGCAUUUUUUUAUUGUAAGGAAUACUGUAAAGGUUUUGUCCACAACCAGCCUGGUAUGUAUAUGGAAUGUUCUAUUUAUCAUAGCUGAAUGCUACCUUUCUGACAGAGAGCUUUUAAGCAACAGCUACAGUCUCUUGGCAAGUAACUGAUGAUCCAAAUUGCUUUCUCAGUAAUCUCUUCGUAUCUGUAAUGGAUGAAGUUGUUUACAUAACUUGUUGUAAUUCGGCAGUCUGUAACAUGGCAUAUAUUUAUGUAGAUAUUUUAUACAAAAUAAUAAUAAUUUUGACCCAGUU